AUGAGAAUAUUCCCAGACCUGACGUCCUGCCUCGUCUUGCUGCUGUUGUUGGACCUGAUUGGCCUGUCUUCGUCUCGUCCCGCCCAUACACCCUCACUCUGCUCUCUGAUUGGCUCCAUGGUCCCCCACUUCGACAGACUCAUCAAUCUCUCGAAGAAACUGCAGGAGCUGUCCGACGAGGACCUGAGUCUGAUCGCUGCAGCAGAGCACAGACUGGACUCUCUGCUGGAAAUCCCCCACACAGCCGCUGCCUUCACCCAGCCGUUAAAGGUGAACGAGCCCAUCUCUCAGCUCUACAACCUCUCGGAGUCGUACAAGUUACACAUGGACUGGUUAAAAACAGCCAGAGAGAAUAUGAGUCUCUCCUCUCAGCCAGCAGAGGGCGCCAGCCACCACCUGCUCAAGCUCACACACCUGCUGAACUCCAGUCUGCACCAGCUGCAGGAGGAGGUCCCCCAGGCCGCACCCCCCUCUCUCCCCCCCGUCUCCACGGCCUUUGACGCGCUCCGCUUCUCUGUGGAGGUGUCAGAGAAACUGCGGGUCUUUGUCUUGUUUGCAAAGAGAUGGAUCCGUGUCCUCCAGAAACUCUCCUGCCCCCGGCGCUGA